GAGAGUAUAUAUAUUGACUUAACUUACCGCGGUCUUUACCAGUAUAACUUUUGUCAUCUACAGUGGAUCCUCGGAUAAAUAUUUGGACAUAAACCCACAGUCUACUUGGAUAAAUAUUGCACUUCGGAUUUCCAUCACCAGUUUCUAUAGUUAUUGACAAACGGAAGUCGACGCGGUGGAUAUAAUGCUUAGACUACUUCUUCUCUGCAUUGCUGCUUCAUGCUGCACAGGUUACGGUAUCAACCGAUUCAAACCUGUUAUCUGGUCAAAAUAUUCCUUCCAAGGGAAACCAGUAUUCUUCGGGCUCAUCAGAGAAAACGAGACUGUGGUCCACUUCGACCCCCCGCUGACCGCCCAUGAUAAAGAUGACAUAGGUUUCGGUCAGUUUGUCUGCGCCUACCACAUCCAUAGGAGCAACCCGCGGUUCCGGAAGACGAUAUUCCCCUUUGAAAUCGUUGUCGUGGACAAGCUGAUAGGGCUGGCGGUGAUCAGGGUCAAGACUGGCGCCGCUGUAAGCGCCAAAAACAAAACCUACUUUAAAUUUGCAGUGAGUGCUCGAGACUGUGGCUCACCCGCCAGGGUGUCCGAUAAAGCUCACGUGCUAAUUAAAGUCGUGAGCGCUAAUGACAGCGUGAGUUUCGUCAGAGAAACCUACCUGGCGUACGUAGAAGAAGGCCAUUCACCGGAAGCCAUUUUGACCAUCCUGCCGUCAGACGUAGAGCGAGCCGUGGCCUUCAACUCCACGUGCGGCUACGAGAUUUUAACUCCUCACGUGCCUUUCAGACUCACUCUCCAGGGCGUGCUGCACAACACGGAACCACUGAAUCACCUGCUGGCAAAGGAAUACUUCUUUGGUGUUGUGGCGAAAAAUUGUCGAGGCGACCACUCCAAACCCAUCUUUGUUAAGGUGGUCGUCACGGCUAAACGAAACUCCUCCCACGCUAUGGCCUCCACAGCUAUGGAUAGCGGCCUCAUGGACCACCACUUACUCGGAGACGCCCCUGAGCUGGCCCAGGCCUCCAAUGCCCACAAAGUGAAGCUGAUGAUGACUGUCACGGUGGUAACACUGGGCACCAUUGCGGUGGUAGUCAUUGUCUUGUUGAUCAUCUUUAAGAACCGCUUUUCGAAGAGCAACUAUAGCGACGUUUAUUACGACGAAGAGGCUAUCGACCUAGAAUGGGACAACUCGACCUUCGACCUCUUGGCCCCUUAUGCCAAACGACCUCGAAUAGUGUAGUCUUGGCAACGCAAGUAAUACGAUGCUCAACUUUUCUUGUAAUUGAUACUCAGACAUUGGAGUGAGCCCCCUUUCUCUAUCUGAUAGUAACAGCACUAGAAUUUACUAGAGUGAGCCUUGAUUUUGAAAGUAUUCUGGGUUAAUGCAAUGCAAACAAAACAAUAACUUGAAGCUCUCUGAAGAUAUAUAUAUAUAUAUUUUUAUAGUAUUUUGUAUUCGUGAAUCAGUUUGAGACAUUGUAUCUCUACAUUCUUCAUCAGACCUUGUAGAAGUGGCAUUCACAAUGAUACUGCCGCUGGUAAACAGCUCCUCCUUCCUUUCCAUACAGAUAUAAAGUUCAACUUGAGACUGAAGCUACUAGGUCUAGCUAAGACAUCAAGCCAGGAAAUCUACCUAGGACACCUGCUCUACAUAGUCCUAAUAAGACCUUGUACAACUUCAGAGUUUAACCCCAAAAAAUAGGUCAUUAACUGUAUAUUAUAGCUUUGUAUAGUAAACAAUGGAAGUCUUUGCUUUAAUGUACUAUCAACCGCUCACUUCCAAUAUAAUAAAAUUUAACUACAGUGUAUAUAAAAUAUGUAAAUGAUGUACUUAUUAUUUAUUCAUGCAUUAAAAUAUUAUAAUGAAUCUAUUUUUUCUAGUUCUAUGAUGUGGUCAAUACAGAUACAAUAAUGUUUGUCUUGGGAUAUUUGCUAUGAAAGUGUUUUUUUUUUCCGUAUGUGUGAUUGACACACCAGCAUUAUUCACUUUCUUCAUUUAAAUACCUCACGCUGCCAUGUUUCUUUGUCACUCCACAUGUUGUCACAAAUCUCUGCCAUUUUAUAUUUUGUUCAUUAUUUUUACAAGUGAAGUGAUAAGUUUAUUCUCCGUGAGUUUGAUUUCUGUACAUACUUUUAAAUGAUUUUU